GUAUCCCAUGUUUUCUUUUGUAUUCCUUGAAAUUUUCCUGGGUUCAGGAUUGGAUCCUCGGCUAUAUCAAGGGCGGCGGCGUACUCUUUGGCUUGGCUCUUUUCUUUCGGCUGUGCUCCAUUGCAGCUUCUGUGACAAUAUUCCGGGAUCUUAACUUCUCUAGAAACGUCAUUUCCAUAAACAACAGGAAUGUCUAUUUGGUGUUUUCUUAUUUCUGGUUUUUCGUGGGACUUCCGAUGGGUGUCUUUUCUGCCAUAUUUCGUAUUCUAAAAACAAUGAUUGUGGGAUUUCUGAUGUUGCCCAGAAUUGAUCAUAGCAUCAUGCCUGAUGGUUUUCAACGGUUUGAUCCAGGUUACAAUGCGUACAUCUGUUAUCUUCACGUCCAAGCAGCUUUCAGAAACCCAGUUCUUCGAGUGGUUUGUCAAACACUGAUCGAUGAUCACGAAACACAAAGGAAAUGUGGACCAAAGUGGACUCGCUCUCCCCAGGCCCGCGCCAAGUGGUUCAUCGCACUCACCUUGGCUCGCAAUCCACAACUUGCAGCUGAACGAAAACGUGCGAACACAAUGUGUGUCAAAGAUAGCGACGUCAAAAUCGAUGUUGGUAAUUAUGGCCCAGAUAAUGCAGGAUUAAUACUAGAUAAGUAAACAAUGUUAAGUUUGCAUGUUUCUUUAGACUUUCUUUUUUAUUAGCUAGUUAUAGUUGUAUUAGAUUUUCUUUUUUUAUUAGCUAGUUGUAUUACGUUUGGAAACGAACCGUGCAUGACAAAACAUUUUCAUCCACACAUGCAUUUUCGAAUGUGAAAAGCACGGUGUUUUGACGAUAUCAAGCCUUGUUGUCAUGUUGUGGUUAAUGAAGAAAUGUAGUAUUAAAAUAACAAAUAUAGUGCACCGGUACAAGGUUCCUCACAAAGCUAUUGGAUCCCAAACACUGUCCUUGCUGCGAUCCUUGCUUGCUAAAGCAGGAAUAUCUGUAGACUACACGGGACAUUCAACGAGAUCAACCUCGAUAUCGGAAGCGCAAACGUGGGCGUGCCGUUGGAGAUUAUACUAGGUGCAGCUUGAUUGGUUUUCGGCAAAUGUUUUUAACAAACAUCAUAAAAAGACUCAAAAUACCUUUGCAAAUGCUGUGUUAAGUACAUAGUUGUUGAAAAUUAAAAGUUCAUUUUCUGUUUUGCUUUGUUUGUCGGUUUAGUAUCAGAGGCCU